AUGAAAAAAAUCGUUGUCAUUGGUGCUGGCCAGAUUGGCAGAGAAACGGCUUGUCAAGUAGCUGAGAUGGGCUAUGAUGUUGAUAUUAUCAACAGAUGUACCAACGAAAGCCAAGCAGCUUCAUCUGCAGAUCAAGCAGGGGCGCGGGCUAUUAUCGACAAGAAUAGCCUCAAAGUGGUGGAACUACUGAAUGCUCGUAUGACAGGCAAACUAACAUUUAAAAAGUAUGCGAAUGAAGAAGAAUUGGGUGUUUUGCUAUGCGAAGCUAAUUUUGUAGCAGUUUGUGUCGGAAGAACUUUAAAUUCCAUGUCGAACGAGAGUAAGGGCAUACCUCAUCCUUUACAAGGCGCUGUGGAAAAUUCCAACAUAUAUGAAGCUAUUGGCAAAGCAAUUGCGGAGAAUGCUGCCGAUGACGUGCGUGUUUUAUCAACUGCAAUUCCGGUGGAAGUCGUUGCAAAUACUUUGUAUAGUUCAAUCAAAAAGAACUGGAGCAAAUCAAUCGAACGGAAAACUGAGUUUCAUGCUGGACGCAUCUGUGCAGGUGGAACUUUGCUCGAUACGAUUCGCUUAAAAAAUGUAGUUUUAGAUUAUAUCAACGCAAAAGAAGAAAGAGCUACCGAAAUUAUUGAUGUUUACGCCCUAGGAAGUCAUGGAUAUGGCCCAUAUUCAGAUCAGUAUGAAAUUGGUCUUAUGGCCUCGACACAUUGUGGGUCUAUUCGAUUUGGUGGUGUCAGAAGGUUAGAUGGAACUUGGACUGAUGGAGAUUUGAUUCCAUUCGAUCAGAUCAUUAAUUAUGCUGAGAAACAAACACUAAUGAAAGCUGCUUUUACACAGCCUGUUUACAUUAGGGACGCUGCUGGAGAACGAGCCUUGCACAAAGAAGCUGGCAGAAGUAAUGCAGUGGUCAUUAAAGCAUUCCUACAACCGGAACUGUUCCAAGGUAUGAAGUUGUCAUUGGCCGUCUUCAGUAAAGACAAGCAGUUGUUUUACGGAGGAGUUUGUACAAUGACUGAAAGCGGCUUGUUUGAAGAGAUACCACCCUCAACUUAUUUAUCAUCUCAAGAACAGGAAGUAUUCAAUGUACGAAUACGUGGCAUACAGAAAGUAAAUGAUGCUAUCAAAACCACUGCACCAGGUACGUCUCUUGACACGAUUGUAGCAUUGGGUAAACAAUUGGAUUUGCAACCUCAACAACUUAUUGGCUUCAUAUAA